AUGGUGGACAGACGCCUGCAUUACCUUUUUGCCCUAUUUUGCUUCUUAUACCUUUCGCGCAUCUCCUCGUGUAAAGCAGUGGCUGGAAGUUUUUGCUCUUUUAACAAUGAUUCCAUUAGAGAAAGACACAAUGAUUUGCGGAUGAAGCAUAACGCCGAUCCGUUGCACUGGAGCACACAUUUAGAAGAGGCUGCAAGCGCUGAAGCCAAACUGAUAAAGGACAUGUCCAAUUGCACUGUCCUGGUGAACCAAAUAAACACAAAUUAUUUUACAAUUUCGACCAAGAGCAAAAUUGAAUCAGCAGUCGAUACAUGGUAUGAAGGCAUUAACAACUAUGACUUUGAGUUAGGACCCAUCCGCCGGGGGGAUGACACAGUUUUUGAAUUCACAAGGGUUGUAUGGAACAGCGCUGAGCACAUUGGAUGUUCUAGUGCCUGUUGCGGUAACCGGGGGGUUUUAAUUUGUAAAUAUGACAACAACACCAAUCAGCCAGGUCAUUUUGCCGAUAACGUUGGGACGCUUGACCCAAUGUUCGUUUGGGAAAAUUUCGCAUUCGCGCCAGAACAAAGACGACCAGGCAGUGAGACAAGUCAAAAUGAUCUCCCCCCUUUGCCAAUUUCAUAA